UUGCUUUCAACCAUCAUCUCGUCUGGCUGGUUGCGUGACGUCGAGGAUCGCGGGUUCAGGCAGCUGCCUCUUCGGGCGUGUCGAGAAGGACGACAAGGACGGGACGCUCAAGCGGACGCGACUGACGGACGGAAAUGGCGGACUCGCGCACGCACACGGCGAGGAGCCCAUCACCAAUGGUUCCCGGCGCCUGGCAUGAAGAAUUCGACAAGAACGCGUCGAUGCGCAGGAGGUCGUCCACCCUUCCCGCUCCCGUCGUUCAGGCCACAAAAUCGGGCACCGCGUCAACCCACGAAUCCCAGCUGCACCUUGACCAUGUCGUGGACUUCCAGCACCGGCUGUCACAGUCUCUUCAGUCCAACACUGCUGCUCAGAAGUUGCAGAGCUUCGUGCCAAGCGUCUUUCGACCCUUCGCUGCGCACCCGAGGGAGGACCUUGAGGCCGGCGGAUCGGGGUCGAGCUCGCCCUUCCAGUCGCAGGGCUCAGAUCUGACGAAGCUCAACAAGCACGCCGGUAGUCGAGGUCUAUCGGAUUCGUCUGGUACUGCUUAUAGUCCUCCCAUGUCGCCGGCUCGGCACGCAUACAAAAGACUCGAAGACUCUCCACCUAGAUCGCCUGUACGCUCCUCUCGUCUAUCCAUGCGCGGCAGCCCAGCUUCUCGCGUACGCACAGCGACCAGCAUCAGCACGCUCAAUUCUUCGCCUUUCUUCUCUGGUCACGGCAAUUUUUCCGGCAACUCUCCUUCAGCAACCACGCACUCGCGCCCUUCUCUAUCAGUUGGGCACCCCUCCGCCUCUUCGUUUUCUUCGUCUCCGAUGACUUCUUCCAACUCGCCUCUCACGCUCUCGCCUAUCAUGUUUUCUUCGCCUGCCUCCCAGCGCAGUCGCAAUGCUAUUGACCGCCUGAAUGACCCACGACUCCACGAUGAAUCCUCUCCCACGUCGACGGAUAGGCUGCACCAUGGAGCCAAUCGCCUCGGACCUAGUUUGCUGCCGUCCAAUCAUCGCAACACAACGCCCGGCAAAGAAAACCUGUCACCUUUGCGCGCUGUUAGGCACUCUCCAGGCACACCCAGUCCCUCUCCUCGUCGACCACGACCUUCGAACGAUUCUUUUCUUCACGCCGAUUACUUCAGCUUUGGCUCAGCACAAGGACCGUACAGCAAUCAACAAUCAUCACUCGAAAUUGAAGACGACAGCAUCUACUCCACCCGUAUGCUUACGACCCUCUCUCUGCCAGGCAGUCCCGACUUCAGCACGAGCAUGGAUCUCACUCCGUUGAGCAUCGAUUCGCACAUGCUUAUGGCGGUGCCUACGAGUACUAGCGAAGCCGUGACGCCGAACGAGACACCGUGGACGCUGUCGAUGGACGCCCUCUCCGAACCUUCGCCCGCGUUGUCGCUACCACAGUCACUUGCGCUUUCGCCGUCCUCGUCGCUGCGCGUCAGGCUUGGGCUCGACAAGGAUGACGACGGUCACCAUGUCGUCUUCCCGUCGCCCUCGACGACCUCGCCUAAUCCCGCGUCUCCAGCGAGGGCGGAUCAAUCCUUAGCGAAUGUGGAGACGAGCAUGGAUGGUGUUGGCGACACUACACGCGCGUUCUUGGACUCUAGUGUCGCUCAGUUCGCUGCUACGUACCUCAACUCUACCUUUGAAGACUCCGAGGAGGGUGCUCUGCCAUCGAAUGGUAUCCUGUCUCGUUCUCGCGAGCGGCAGACUACGCCGCACUCUCCGGUCGUCUCCAGCGUACAAACUGGCGCAGUGUCUCCGUCAGCGGCAGCCGCACGACACCAAUAUUUGCGGCGAGUCAGCACCACGCCAGAGCUUGUCAACCCUGGCAUGCUUUCGAAGAUCAAGCAACUGGGCUCUCGCAUGCGCACUAUGCUACUCAAGGAUAAGGGUUCGUCGCACAAGCUGGAUGUGCUUAUGACACAGACGAUCCGUCGGCGAAGUUACCAUAGCCCUGCACGUCGGGAAGCGGAUUACCUAGCUCCAAGGAGGCCACCUAGCCCUCCAGAGCGCGAGCGCUCAAACCGCGCAAAUCGCUCGAGGCCGGGGGCACCUCCUCGUCCCUCCGAACCCGCGUCAAAUGUUAGCAGCGUUGGCCACUCUACACCGCUUGUCACCUCUUUGCCGCCUACGCCACCGGCUACUCAGGCUUUUCGCGCUCAGGCUGCCCCAGCUUCGCCCCCUCGUAUGGCGCCAACGAUUAUGAUGCCACUCUCGAAAUCUCGACGCCGGUUCUCGCUCUCGGUCUUCGGCAUGUCCUCCCAAACACAGUCAAGGACGCCUUCGUCACCCACCAAUAUCCAGCACAGACAGGCGCGCACUCCUUCUAGUCCCUUGCGCGUCGCCCCCGGGCGUCGGCCUCACUCGAUGGCGCUCGUCUUCCCGCCUGGUGGCGAGUCUCCGCGAUCGGUCCCUCAGCCUGUGGCUGAGCCAAGAGCACGGGUCAACGGUAGCCUUCGCAACUCGACGGCCAGGGAGAUGGAUCAGUUCAUGCCGGAUGUGCCCAUCGAGGACAUCGUGCGCGUGAUGGACGAGAACGGGGAGGCCUCCGAUGAUAGGGAGAGGCUUCUGAGCCCUCCGGGUCUGGAGGACUUCAAUCGGACGCGUCAGCGCUCACGCAAGGCAGCACAUAGCCCAAGACUCGACCAGAAAAUGGCCGCAUCCUACAUCAGCACCCUUCAGCGCAAGAAGAAGGCGGCCGAAGCUCUGGAGGACCACCUCGAGGAUGAUGAUAUCAAGCCGAAAUUGCAGGAACUGCUGAACGACACUGGCGACGUCGUGCGCAUUGCGUCUGGGGACGCCCAGGUCGUGGACGAUAUGCCAGCGAUCGUAGAUGCGGCAUACGAUACGUUGGAAUUCAUCCUAGGGCUCACCAUCGACGGGGAGAUGUCAUUCAUCCAGCCAUAUACGGAGAACGUGAAUACCCCCGUGGUCAGCGAUCCGGAGACGAUGGAGAACAUGGUGCAGUCGCUGAUGAGCCCAGAAUUCAUGGAUCUGGUCAUGCUGCUAUCCGGAGGUCAAAUGCCCAAGAAGAAACUGCCAAAGCCAGAGAACUUCCACAAGACCCCAAAGCCUCGCGCCAACACGAGCCCUCUUGCGCGCUACAGACAUGGCGCAGCGCCUGACAUCCCAGACACGGCUUCCGCAGCUCAGGCGGUUUACUACGGCUGCUGCUCGAUAACGAACGACGAGGGGAUCCCCAUACCCCAGGAAAUCGCGACGGUCCCCGGCUCGGACAUCCUCCUCCUGUCUGCGCGGUCGGGGUGGAAGCAGCGCAAUCCCUUCCUUCGCUACUACCGCAUGGACGAGAUCAGCGACUUGGACCUCAUGCCGGAGCGCAAGACGAUUCGCAGUGGCUUGCUGGGGUAUAUCGAGCAGAUGACCAUCGAUCCGGUGAACAAGCUCAUCUUCGCGGCGGACGAGGAGCGGGUGAAGAGCUUCGCGUACAGUGGGAACGAGUAUCUGCCGAAGCACACUCUGAAGUCUACGCGCGGCGGACCUCUGGCCGUGGUCGACAAUGGAGCCCGCCUAUUCCGCGCAGGGAAAGGUGGCAUCGACGUUUGGGAUAUUGACUCGCUGCCCACGCACGGUGACAGUGGCAAGCAGCGCAUCGGCGAGGGCGCAAUCAACACGGAAGAGACGUGGCGAGACGAGGGCGGCGUAGCGAAAGUGGAGACGUCCACCGGUGCCCCUCGCACGUCCUCUAUCGACUUCGGCGACCCGGACAUGGAGGUUGACCGGUGGCAUAUUCCGACGUUCUGGUCCACGAGCGGCCAGCUCAAGGCCAUCGCGCAUCUGAAGGACACCUACUCCUCUGUCAUGGCGCUCGACCUGCGAGAUAACGGCAAGAUCGUGACGCGCUAUCUGGGGCACACGGGCGACAUCGAGGACAUCUCCUCGAGCGAGGGCGAUGCAAACACCUUCAUCACGGCUGGCGACGACGGCGUCGUCCGCCUGUUCGAUAUCCGCAGUCCGCUUCCCCAGAUCUCCUUCAAGAGCCCCGAGAUGGACGUGGCGCACUCUGCGCUGUAUGUGCACGUUGACGGGAUACCUGUAAUCUUCACCGGCGGCACGCGCUCGCAGGUCAUCCAAGUCUGGGACCCCCGCGGCCAAAAGCUCGUCUACGAGCUCGCAACCGGCAACAACGCAGUCCAGGGCCUAGUAUGGGACGCCCCACGUAACACUCUUUACGCGGCGACGGAGUGCACGUACAUGGACCGCAUGGGCUACACGAACGAGUACAAGCGCGCGCAGAUACCGACUGGGCCGGAGGUGCAGGACCGGAGGGAGGUGGGGAAGGGGAGGCUGACGCAGAAGGUAAAGCCGUGGGAUAGGAAGGUGAAUGAGCGGCAGGAGAUGCAUCGGGAUGGGGACGGGGAAGGGGAUGACGAGGAAGACGAGGGAGAGGAGGACGAAGAUGAGGAGGACGAAGAUGAAGAAGAAGAGGAGGAAGAGCAGUUCACGACGGACCCAGAAAAGGCAUGGCCAAAGCGAGCAUACCACCCCGAGAACUACUUCGGGUACACUUUCGACUCUGGGGAUCACCGUCUUUUGCGCUACAAGUUCGGGCUCGACGCCAACCCGAAGGACGUGCCCGCGUACGGGAUGGCCAUGGUGGGCAGUGGGCCGUAUUGGUAAAUUCAGAGUGCUCCGAAUGUAUCAACGACCAUCUACCUAGGUAAUAUAGUAUCAUGUUGUUCUUGUAUCACAUUGGAAGUUGCUUUUUCACGCCUGUUUGGAGAUAGAGUCCAUGACAUAGAUUUGUCAAUGUUACAAGAUAUGCAGUCCACUAUGAU